UUUUUGCACCAGGAUGUUAACGUUUUUUUUUUUUUUUUUCUGCUGUAAAUUUGGGCAUUUUAACGUGGGAAGUCUAUGGGACUGUCUCCCUAUUUCUGCCAGCCUCAAGCGGCCAGUCAAUGAAUUGCAGUUUUAGUCACUUUCUUGUUGGCUUUACGACAGAGAGCAGGAGGUUGCCGCUUGGUAUAGACAUAGAAAUUAAAAUGUCAAAAUCCAUCAAAUUGCUCAGUCUUCAAUACAACCAGAUUAAUGAAAGCGAUACUUUUUCUAGUGGGGAUAUUGUGGAGGGACGAGUUGUUUUGGAGGUUAUCAAAGAAAUAAAGGUGAAAAGUUUUUUUGUGAAGCUGACGGGGGACGCACAUGUGAGCUGGACUGAAGGCUCAGGUGACGACGAAACAUCCUACAGCGACCACGAGAGAUACUUCAAACUAAAGCAAUACUUCAUUCAAGAGAGCUCGAAGAAAGAUGGACCAGUGAUUAGCCCAGGAUGUCAUGUUUUUCCAUUCAGAUUUCAGCUGCCUCAACAAGAUAUGCCUCCAUCUUUUAAAGGAUUGCAUGGCUGGGUUAAGUAUGUCUUGACAGUAAAGCUGAGCAGGCCUUGGAAGUCAACAUCUGCUGCACAGACAGAAUUAAACUUUGUGCUGAGAAAUUAUGGGACCAAUGAUCAUUUACUGCAACCACAAUCUGGCACAGAGGACAAGAAGAUAAAACUUUUUGGCUCAGGAAAAAUGUCACUGGCUGUAAAAGCAGAAAAAACUGGCUAUAUGCAAGGUGAAACGAUAAGAGUUUUUGUCGACAUUGACAACUCUUCAUCUCGUAACGUCAGGCUAAAGUACAGCCUCAAGCAGCUACAAACGUUCAUCGCUGGCAAGAGCACUAAUAGAGGAUUCAAGUAUAUAGUCAAAGAGACUAGAGAUCGCAUUCCUUCUGGAGAAAAGUCAAAAUUCAUAGUGGAUAUAAAGCUUCCACAUGACCUGACUGUCACCUUUGAAAACUGCAGAAUUCUAAAAGUGCAGUAUGAACUCAAGGUAUAUCUGGAUGUGUCUUUUGCCUCAGAUCCAGAAGUCAAAUUUCCUGUGGUCAUUCUUCCAGCUGAACAACAGUGUCCUCCCUGGCAAGGCCCACCUGGAGGAUUCCAGCCAUAUCCACCACCUCAGCCUAACCUUGUGCCUUAUCCUGGUGAACUACCUCCUCCACCUGCAGGACUUUACCACAAUCUGUAUAACCCUACAGUGCUGCCCUAUCCAGGAGCUGCUGCAGGGGUCUAUCCAAAUCCACAUGCCAUCCAGCCUGGUUUCCUUCUGGCUCCUUCUGCACCAGUUUAUGAUCCAAAUCAAAGCACUAAAGAAUCGACUCCUAACGUGCCUUAUUAGUCUCCUUUACCAGCCAAACCUCUGAGCACCAUUUAUGCUGUCAAUGAGUACUUAAUGUCUACAUGCCUACUAUCAGAAAGCUCAGUUCGUAUCAUUGUGCCUUUUAAACUUUUUGUGUUCCUGUAGUUCAACUUGUAGAGCACUGCGCUAGCAAGCAAGCGCAAGGUUGGGGGUUCGAUUGCCCGGGAACACAUGAUAUGUAAAAAUUGAUAGCCUGAAUGCACUGUAAGUCGCUUUGGAUAAAAGCGUCUGCUAAAUGCAUAAAUUUAAUUUUUUAAUUUAAUUUAAUUUAAGCUUAACACAUUUUUUAUUUCACAGGGAAUGUAUAUACUUUAUGUAGCCCUUCCCCCUUUCAGCACUGCACUCAUUGUUUUCUGUCUUCAGUUUAAAUUUAUACAGCAUAAGGCUAAGAUCUUAUGGAUUUACAGUGCCCUCCAUAAGUAUUGGAACAGUAAAGACAAAAUUGCUUUCUCUGCUGUGGAAUCGAGACAUUUGCAAAUAUGAUUAAAAGAUGAAUA